UGAAAGGACAGAUGACUAAGCACAUGGACUGUAAACUGGAAGAAAGUGCUCAAAAAACAGAGUCACCUGUGCUGCAGAUGCAAGAAGGCGUCCUGGAGGACACAGGUGAAGAUGGAAUCUCUGAAAGCUUCCAGCUUCUGCAGAUUGAUAUGGAAUGUGAGCACCAGGAAAGGGAGACCCUGCCCACAGGCAGUGCAGCAUGGUGCUCGAAAAAUGUCCAAAGAAAACAGAGACACUGGGAAAAGAUAGUUGCAGCAAAGAAGAGCAAAAGAAAGCAAGAAAAAGAAAGAAGAAAAGCCAAUCAUGCAGAAAAUCCAGGUAUCUGCCCACAGCACAGCAAACGAUUUCUGAGAGCUUUAACCAAAGAGAAACUCUUGGAAGCCAAACACUCAGGACCAAGACUGUGUAUCGAUUUGAGUAUGACCCACCACAUGUCAAAAAAGGAAUUAAGUAGACUGGCUGGACAGAUCCGAAGGUUAUAUGGUUCAAACAAAAAAGCUGACAGGCCAUUUUGGAUCUGCCUCACUGGGUUCACAACAGACAGUCCCCUGUAUGAAGAGUGUUUGAGGAUGAAUGAUGGAUUUUCUAGUUAUCUGCUAGACAUAAUGGAAGAAGACUGCUUUAGUUUAUUUCCUCUGGAAACCCUUGUAUACCUGACUCCUGACUCAGAACAUGCUCUUGAAGAUGUUGAUCUAAACAAAGUUUACAUCCUUGGUGGACUUGUGGAUGAAAGCAUUCAAAAGAAGGUGACGUUGCAAAAGGCCUGGGAAUACUCUGUCAGGACAGCCCGCUUACCAAUCCAGGAAUACAUGGUCAAAUGCCAGAAUGGAAAAAACUAUCAUUCACAGAUAUUGGCCAUCAAUCAAGUGUUUGAUAUCCUGUCCACAUACUUUGAGACUCACAACUGGCCUGAAGCCUUGAAGAAAGGAGUUUCCUCAGGAAAAGGCUACGUUCUUUGGAACUUGGUGGAAUGACAGGCAGCCAAAGAUUGCAGCUCCUGAAGUGAAGGACUCGAGGUGCCUUGACCAAAGAGCAGGGCAGAGGGUGGCAGUGGUACACACUGGCCUUUACUUGACAUCUUCUUGGAUCUUCACAAUAAGCUACUAGUGACAGGGACCACAUUUUAUGCUCUAUAGUGCCUGGCUCACAGGAAGUGCCCAGAUAAAUUUUUUUAAAGUUUACAUAAUAAGUAAUUAGUCCCAGAACCUAUGGCUUUGGAUGUGUUAAUUCAACUUUUGUAUAUCUGUCUCUGUUUGUGAAAGACCAACUCUUUGGAGAUUGUUUAACUAAUUAGCUAUUAUUAUACCAAGAGUUUAAUUUUACUAAACUGGCAUCAUAAAAAGGUAUGACU